CAAGCUCAGCAAUGAUCUUAGCCCUACCUUACGACACCAUGGUGCCUCUCCUUGUACUCUGCCUUCUUUCGCCACUCUUAGUUGCCUCUGCGGAUACAUCUGUCUUGAAGUGUGUACAAGGAGCAGAAGUUUCUAACGCUUCGGACUGUGUCAGCGGUUUGGAUGCCUGUGUGCUCAUCAGGGACCAGAGCACAAUGCUUGGCACCGAGUUUGACACAACAACCUAUUCAUGUGGAAAAAGUGAUUCUUGUGCCAAUGCUUACAACAUCACCAUAGGAAAAGACAAACAUUUGCGCUCCAGCUCUGCUUGCUGUACUGAAGAUGGGUGCAACGCAAAGUUAAAUUGGACCUCUCUUCAAGCUCCUUGGACUGAGAAUGGGCUCACUUGCCCAAAAGGAUGUUAUGCUCAGACAGAGAAGGAGUGCACGGAUGGACCCGUCUUAUGCACAGAUGGUCAAAGGAAUUGCAUCACUGUAGAAGGAAGCUCUGGUGCCAAGACGUUCGUCCUGCAUGGUUGUGGAACAAGCAAUAUGUGCGGUGUAGAGAACUAUGCACUGACCAUUGGAGGAACCCCCUACAAAAUCAAAACAAUAACAUGUGUCCCUGCUGCAGAAAAAGCAGAUCCUCCAAAACCUUAAAGAGCCAGAAAUUCUGCAUCAGCCACAACUUGGAAACCAGCCACAACUCCUAAAGCAACAAUACCUAGUGCCAACCAUACCUUGGGGAAGAACUCCUUCCUUCUCUUGCUACCCAUGAUCUCCAGCUUUCCCUUUAUGAAGUUUCUCUCCUGAGCUCUCUUUCAAUGCCAGCCACUUUGAAGGUUUCAUGCCAUGAGCAUUUCGGCACUGGAAUGGACAAAUCUGUCAAAUUUCAGUGCUUUUAACUUUCUCAUUUAAAAAAUAAAAUGAAAAUGAAAAUCUGCCCACAUUUAGCAUGAAUUUGCCCUAAUAAACACAACUUUUGCAUGCGGUUGGAACAAUAUACAUAGUAUGUUAUUAUCCCUAAUAUAUACACUUUACUCGCAUAAAUGCAUUUUCGCAUACGCUGUUUGGUUGAAGAACUAAACUGCAAAAUUCUGAGAAAUGUGAAAUUUGAAGGCUAGGUGGGUUUUAGUUUGCAUAUUGGUCAGGAAAAUGCAAAUGAGUUAGUUUCUCAUUAACAUGCAUACAAAAUUGAAUUUCUUCCUCAUCCUGAUUUGAGUACCACAAUACCUCCCGCACCUCCUCCAAAGUGUUU